GAUCGAAUUUCGGUGUUGAAACGCGAUAUGGAUUCGAUAUGGAUGCAGAUUAGUACCGUGUCAGCGAACAGCAGCAUCGUCGGCCGGUCGUCUGAGCUCAGAAAUGUUAAGAAAAUCUUGACCAAAGCAAUGAGGUGGAAAAUUUUGUGGUUUAUAACCACCUUGGUUGCGAUAACUUACAUAGACGGACUGACUGUAAAUAAGUCAAAUAAUUUAAAACCAAAUAUAGAGAGACCACUCACACUGAACCAUAGCACUGUUUCUGAUAGUUGCAAAAAGAACGCAGAAAUAUCAUCACAAAAUAAUGUCACAAAAGAAGUUGAACCAGUCGUAAAACUAAUUGAUGUGGAGCAUGAUUUGACCCAUGGUCGGAGGCAACGAGCAACAGCAAACGAAGAAGCGUUUGGGCAAAUAAAUGCAUCAGGUUCAAAUAGUGAAGAAACCAUGGACCCACCUCCCAUUCUAGUAGAAACAGAUCUUGGCGUUGUACAAGGACACAUUUGGCAACAUUCAGAUAAAAUCAUAAGUUACUUUGAUAUACCUUACGGAAAAUUUUCUUUAUUUGAGGCACCGGAGAAAGCUAGUAACUGGACAGAUAUUCAUUCUGUUACUGAACACAAAAAGCGAUGCCCACAAAUCAAAGAUAGCACAUUCAUUGGAAGUCCAGACUGUUUAACACUCAGUGUAUUUACACCGAGAACAGCUGAAUAUGCUGGCGUAUUAUUUUAUAUUCAUGAUAGUAGUUCAAACACGGGCAGCGGAGAUCCUUAUAAAUACGGGCCAGAGUUUCUGGUAAAUAACGGCAUAAUUUUAGUUUUACCAAAUUAUCGGCUAGGAGCUCUGGGAUUUUUGUGUUUGCAAAAUACUAUAGCGCCAGGGAACGCUGCAAUAAGAGACUUGGCUCUGGCUUUAGAAUGGACAAAGGAUAAUAUAAAAUCAUUUGGUGGAAAUCCUUUGAACAUAGUUGUAAGUGGUGAUAGUAGAUCAGGAGUCUUGGCAGGACAUUUAGCAUUAUCUUCGGAAUCUAAAGCAUACAUCAGAAAAGUUAUAACGGAGAGCGGCUCAGUGCUCGCUCACUGGGCCAUAGAUAGGAAUCCAGUUAGCACCGCAACCCAAUUAGUCACGUAUAUGAAAGGAGCGGCUGAAAACAACUUAGAUGAUGCGUUUAAUAAAGUAGAUAUAGAACAUUUGAUAAAAACUACACAUAAUUUCCCUUUCAAACCAUGCAUUGAAGAAAAUAGUGACGGCAUUAUACGAAAAAGUCCUUGGAAUACAUUAAAAGAAGAUUCAUUAAAUAUAACAUUUAUGAUAGGAUCUGCUGAUAAUGCUGCACUCCCAGAAGCAUUACAAUAUGACAGUAUGACACUGUCAGAUUUAAAUGAAAACUUUGAGGAUUCGUUACCGAAUGAUUUAAAUUUUCCCAACGCUGGUAUUAAGGGUGCGGUAGGUCAAAGAAUUAGAGAACAAUACUUUGGAAAUUAUAACAUAACAUCAGAUUUGAGAAAAAACUUGUCCCUAUACUAUACUGACGUCUCUUACCUCAGUGCUGAUGUGCGCUUAGCGAGAGCACUAGUGGAAGCAGGAGUCAAGGUCUUUCUUUACGAGUUCUCUUUUAUUGGAAAAUUUAACGAUGCACUACAAUCUUUAGACAGCGCGUCAAGAUAUGGUGCGACAAGAGGUGAUGCCGCAGGUUACAUAUUUUCAUUAAACGGACGUACUCCUGAAGAAAAUUCGGAAGAGGAAAAAGUUAUUGAGAUUAUGACUAAUCUAUGGAUCAGCUUUAUUAAGAAUGGAAAAUACACUGUGGUCGCUCUACGCGUUGUUUACCUUCGAUUUGCACGUCUGACACCUGUACCACCACACCGAAGACGAGACAAUCCGACGACGGCAGUCUUAAUGUUACACAACUCUUCAAAGCUCACAAUGCGAACUACGAAUGCGUUUGGUAAGCUCGGAUGGCUAGUGUUGUCUGUGGAAACGAUGUUAUUCGCGGUAGUGGUUGCGCCUAAGGCGCAGCGUGACGUGAGGACGAGUUCCGGCGUGGUACGCGGGUACCUCACCCCCCGAGGUUACUACGCGUACCUCGGCAUGCCCUACGCCCGCCCAACGCGCCGCAAUAGGUUUAAGGUCACAUAUCCAUUUGCUGAUGGCAUUUUGUCGAUCGCUAUCUCACAUGUUGACUGUUAA